AUGGAGGGGAAUGCCGAAAUGGAGAUGCUGAGGACACUGAAGGGGCCCUCCACGGGAGAGGUCAACGUGCACCUGGUGGCCAGAGACAGUCCAGGUUCCAGCUCUCACCUGCCCGCUACUGCCUUCAUCAUCCCAGCCGGCUCGGCCACCCUUGGCCUGCCCAGCAGUGCCCUGGAUGUUUCCUGUUUUCCGCGGGAGACGAUCCAUGUGGGCGCUCCGGAGCGAGUGGCUGGCAGCGUCCCCGUCACGGCCACCGUUCUGCCGCAGUUAAGCGCGGGGCCUGCGGCCAGCUCCAGCGCCACCACCGUGGGGCUCCUGGAGUGGACCGAGGCUGCGGCCCCGCCUCCUGGGAGCGGCCUGCGGUUCCGGAUAAGCGAGUACGCACCGCUGAACAUGGUAGGAGCGGAGCAGCCCCCGAGCCCCGAGCUACGGCCCGAAGGUGUGGCCGAAUAUGAAGAUGGCGAGGCCCCGGCGGGAGGUGGCGAUGCGGGCACCCAACAGCCGGCGGACCUCCCCCAGGAUCCUCCAGAAGAUCCCCCCCAGGAUCCCCCAGAAGAUGAUGGCACUUGUCAGUGCCAGGAGUGUGGACCUCAGCAAAGCGCGGGUCCAGAUGCUGCUGGUUCCUCCAAUGAUGACUGCCCGCCACUGUUCCAAGAGCGGUCAGUCAUAGUGGAGAACUCCUCAGGCCAGAACUCCUGCACCAGCACUUCUGAGCUUCUCAAACCCAUGAAGAAGAGGAAGCGCAGGGAAUACCACAGCCCGUCGGAGGAGGAGUCAGAGCCUGAGGCCUUGGAGAAGCAAGAAGAAGGAAAGGAUCCAGAGGGCCAACCCACUGCUCGCACCCCAGAAAGUGAGGAGUGGAACAGCCAGCCUGCAUCAGGGGAGAAGAAGGAAGGCUGGUCAUGGGAGUCCUACCUCGAGGAGCAGAAGGCUGUGACUGCCCCUGUCAGCCUCUUCCAGGACUACCAGGCAGUCACUCAUAAUAAGAAUGGCUUCAGACCGGGCAUGAAGUUGGAAGGCAUCGACCCUCAACACCCGUCCAUGUACUUCAUCCUCACCGUGGCCGAGGUGUGUGGCUACCGCCUACGUCUGCACUUUGAUGGGUAUUCCGAGUGCCAUGACUUCUGGAUCAAUGCCAACUCCCCUGACAUUCACCCCGCUGGCUGGUUUGAGAAGACUGGGCACAAGCUGCAGCCCCCCAAAGGUUACAAGGAGGAGGAGUUCAGCUGGAGCCAGUACCUGCGCAGCACCCGAGCUCAGGCCGCCCCCAAGCACCUGUUUGCGAGCCAGAGCCACAGCCCCCCACCCCUGGGCUUCCAGGUGGGCAUGAAGCUGGAGGCGGUGGAUCGCAUGAACCCGUCCCUCGUCUGUGUGGCCAGCGUGACCGACGUGGUGGACAGCCGCUUCCUAGUGCACUUUGACAACUGGGACGAUACUUACGACUACUGGUGUGACCCCAGCAGUCCCUACAUCCACCCGGUGGGCUGGUGCCAGAAGCAAGGAAAGCCCCUCACUCCUCCACAAGACUAUCCAGACCCUGAUGGCUUCUGUUGGGAGAAAUAUCUGGAAGAAACCGGGGCCUCUGCUGUGCCCACCUGGGCCUUCAAGGUGCGGCCCCCACACAGCUUCCUGGUCAACAUGAAACUGGAAGCCGUGGACCGCAGGAACCCAGCCCUGGUGCGCGUAGCCAGCGUGGAAGAUGUGGAGGACCAUCGGAUAAAGCUCCACUUUGAUGGCUGGAGUCAUGCCUAUGACUUCUGGAUUGACGCCGACCACCCGGACAUCCACCCCGCGGGCUGGUGCUCCAAGACAGGGCAUCCCCUGCAGCCUCCUCUCCGACCCAGAGAGCCCAGCUCUGCCUCCCCUGGGGGCUGUCCCCCUCUCAGCUGUCGGAGCCUGCCACACACUAGGACCUCCAAGUACAGCUUCCACCACCGGAAGUGCCCCACUCCUGGUUGUGAUGGUUCCGGCCACGUCACAGGCAAGUUUACAGCUCACCACUGCCUCUCGGGCUGCCCCCUGGCUGAGAGGAACCAGAGUCGGCUGAAGGCGGAGUUCUCCGACACAGAGGCCUCGGCCCGUAAGAGGAACCUCACGGGCUUCUCCCUAAGGAAGAAGCCUCGCCAUCACGGCCGGAUUGGCCGUCCUCCAAAGUACCGGAAGAUCCCGCAAGAAGAUUUCUCGACGCUAGCCGCCGACGCCAUGCACCAGUCCCUCUUCAUGUCGGCCCUGUCGGCCCACCCGGACCGCUCGCUGUCCAUGUGCUGGGAGCAGCACUGCAAGCUCCUGCCGGGAGUGGCGGGCAUCUCGGCCUCGACGGUUGCCAAGUGGACCAUUGACGAGGUCUUCAGCUUCGUUCACACCCUGACCGGCUGUGAGGACCAGGCACGACUCUUCAAAGAUGAGGUGAGACUGGUCACAGUGACCCACGUCUCUGGGAAAAACCCGGUAUGGACUGUGGCCCAGCUUGCAAACCCUGUGUUCAGAUCACGGCAGGAAGGAAAAUGCCUCUUGGAGACAGGGCUCCAUUCACUCCUCUGCUCUGCACCCAGCCUGUCUUCCAGACCUAGCUCACUAGGGACAGUGAGUUAAAGUGGGUCUUGAAUGGCAUACGUCUGCCUUUUACUGCAAGGAUCCUAACAUAUACUUAAUUCCAAGACCCAAAAGCUUACUGAGGAUAAGAAGCAGUGAGUUGUACAUAAAAGAACCCUAGCUUCACAGACAGUGUGGGUGUGAAUCCCAGUUCUGCCAGUUUGAGCUCUUUACUGUGUCUGAGUCGGCAUCUUCUUAUCUAUAAAAUGAGAUAAAAAGGGAUAAUGAGGGCUAAGUUGAUGACAACCUUGCAGGGCCGUCGUGAGCGUUGGAAAUGAUGAAUGGAUCAUUGUACCAGAAUGUCUAGUAUAAUUAUAUCACUAGCCUGCUAUAGAAUAAUACACAAAUCCUAUCACUCUAUAAGAAUGCCUGGUACAGUGGGGGCUCAGUGGUGGUUCUGGCCCUUAAUAGUCAUCCUUAAGUAAAGAACUUUGUCGUGACUCUCCCAAUUUACACAGUUUGAAACUGGAAGGGACCUUGGAGUUUGUUUAGAUCUGCCUUCCAAAGAAUACACACAUCCAUCCCCCAUCACCCAGGAAAUCAUAGUCUCAACUCCCGGUAGAGGCCCCCUACAGGUCAGGCGCCCAUAAUAAAGAAGUCUGCUCCUCUCCCCUGAGAAGAAUCUCUUUAUCCAGACCCAACACAGCCAGUUCUUCAUAGUAUCCUUGCGUGGCGGAGGAUAACUCCACCCGCUCUGGGUGCUUGCCUCCUAGGCUGGUGA